CUGCACCCUGAAAACCGAACAAAAAAUGGCAACAGAAUCAGCUCAACCUAAAGAACAAAUUGUUGAUCCUUGGACAGCUAAAGCUGGGGAAGGUGAAAAGAAGAUCAACUAUGAUAAGCUCAUUGUUCAGUUUGGAAGUGAGAGAAUAGGUGAAUCCCUUCUACAAAGGAUUGAGACUCUAUCAAAGAAACCAGCCCACCACUUUCUCCGCCGAGGAAUUUUCUUUUCUCACAGGGAUGUUCCUGAUAUCUUGAAUGCAUAUGAGCAAAAUAAGCCAUUCUUUCUCUACACUGGGCGUGGUCCUUCAUCGGAGUCUAUGCAUCUUGGGCAUCUUAUUCCAUUCCUUUUUACCAAAUAUUUGCAAGAUGUAUUUGAUGUACCACUUGUGAUACAAAUGACUGAUGAUGAGAAAUUUAUGUGGAGAGAUCUUGGCCUAGAGGAAGCUCAUCGCCUUGCUUAUGAGAAUGCUAAAGACAUCAUUGCCUGUGGUUUUGAUGUUAAUAAGACUUUUAUCUUCUCCAACUUGGAUUACAUGAGUUGCUGUCCAUCCUUUUAUCGCAAUGUCCUACGUAUACAAAAGUGUGUAACUUGUAAUCAGGCAAAGGGUAUAUUUGGCUUCCAGGAUACAGAUUCUAUAGGUAAAAUGGCAUUCCCAGCUGUUCAAGCAGCACCAUCCUUUAGUACUACCUUUCCAGACAUAUUUGGAGACCAUAAAGAUGUC